AGAGCUUUAGAAUGAUUCAUGAUCUUUUCUUUUUCUCCUCAUAUAAAAAAAGAAUGUUUCCUAUUGGAUUGAAUUGAUGGGCACCCAAUUUGAAGGAUUCAUAUCAUAUUCCUUUAUUAAUCUUUAUCUCUAAACUUUCAAAUUCCUUUCAUUUUCUCAAGGGUUGAGUUUAAAGAGGAAAAUGAAAUAAAUAAACCCUUCUAAUACCCCAUUUUGUUGUUGUUUGCUUAAACUUCACAAUUGUUCUAAAAUUCCCCUUAUUUAUAUUUGGAUCUUUCUACUCUCAUAUUCCCUAUCUCCCCUUAGAUUCCUCUCUUAACCCCACUAUCUUCAUCUUCCUCACCUCAACCUUUCUCCAAUAACCUCCAUAACUGACCCACAUUUCAAGGAGACCUUUUGUUGACCCAAAACAAACCUCUGAACUUCAGAUCUAGUCUUUUCAAACCUGAGUUUGACUCUCAAAAAUUCAAUCUUUUCCUCAUUUCUUUCAGAAUUUGAAGGUGUGAUAUGGGAAGAGAAGUUACAGGGGUAAGAGUAGAACAAAAUAAAUCUUUAUAUCCAAAAAUUAAACCAAAAGUUUCAGCAGAUUCAGAAAAAGAAGCAAAUUCUAGUGAAUCAAAGGAUUGUGAGGUGAAAGAGUGUACUUCAGAGGUAUCUUGUGCAGAAAUUAGUAGUGAAAAACAAGAAAUUUUGGGUAAUAAAAGCCCAAAUUUUGAUACUGAAAAGCCAAAAAUUGAGGAUCAGAAAUUGAAAUCUAGUGAUAAAUCUUCAUCUGAAACUGUUACUGGGAAAUUGAAGAUGAAGAAUAGUACCCAGAAAAGUAAUGAUGUGACAGUUAAUACUCAAAUUUGGGAGACUCCUAGAGCUGUUGAAACUCCUCUUUCUCCUACUCCUAGCAAUUCCAAGUCUCCUAGCUCUACCCAGAAAUCACAGCCAAGUACGCCGCUUGUAGCAAGGAAGUCUUUAGAUGACGACGACAAUUGGUCUAUGGCAUCUUCAACACGAACUACAAGAUCCAGAACUACAGUCGGUAGAGCUCCAACAUUUACCUGUACUGAACGUAUGGAGAGGCGAAAGGAGUACUAUGCAAAAUUGGAGGAGAAACGCAAGGCUUUAGAGGCGGAGAAACGGGAUUAUGAAGCAAGGACUAAGGAAGACGAAGAAGCGGCUAUAAAGCAGCUUAGGAAGAACAUGGUUUUCAGGGCUAAUCCCGUUCCCAGUUUUUACCACGAGAAGCCUCCACCCAAGAAAGAGCUCAAGAAGCUUCCUACAACUCGUGCUGUAUCGCCUAAAUUUGGACGCAGAAAGAGCUGCAGUGAUGCAAUUUGCUCCUCUUCCGAAGACAAGAUCUGUGCUCGGGCAUCAAGGCACAGCUUAGGAAGUCAGAACCCGAGGGAACGCUCAACCCCAACUAACAUUCCCCGGAAGAAGGAUUCGCUAGCUAAGGAUCGGUUGAAACAAGUGGAGACAACCAAAAACACUCCUCCUAAGAUGACAAAACCGUCCAACCCAAAUAUCACCGUUCGAUCUUGAUCAUUAGAGCUUUCACACAUGGUAUCUUUAUAAGUUCCGGUCUAGGAAUAUCAUGGCUUAUCGUUUUUUCUAGUUGCGUUUUUUUCUGAAGAAAGGUCCCGGGAAUGUAAGAGAAGGAAAAAGAAAAUGGCCUUUCUCCUGCCGAUUUCUUUCAACCUUGUUUUUUUUUUUCUUUCAACUCGUUUCCAGUGUCGUCUUUUCUUUUUCGGGUGACAUGUGUUGUAUAUCUCUGUAACUUAUAUUAGUACAUAAUGUAUACCAUUAGAGUCGCGAAAUCGUUGAAUUUCACUUGUUUGAUCGUGGGAUUAAUCGGGGAUGUGAUCUAACUUUCUGUUUAACACAGAAUUAUUUGUUUGAUUUGCUGUUCUGAGUAUAUUUGUGUUCUGCAUUACUA